GCCGCUGCUACAGGGACCCCCAAGAUGGAAACGCAGGGGCUGCCUGCCGCGGUGCAGGCGGCCCGGCCCGAGCCCGGCACCCACCAACAUGGCGGCAGCGGCGCCGCGGCCGUUGGAGAGGGGGCUUCUUCCUCAGGGCCCGCCCGCCGACCCCCGCAGCCGCGGGACUCUGGGGCGGGAGCGGCAGCGGGAGCCUGGGGCCUGGACGUGACAUUCCCGGUGCUGCUGCUCCUGGAGGGCAAGAAGCCGCCGGAACCGCCUCAGCAGCAGCAACCGCCGCCGCCAUUGCCGCCUCCUCCCCCUCUUCCUCCGCCGCCCGCCCCUCAGCAACCUCCGCAAGGGCCUUCCGCGAGCAGCGCCUUGGCCCUGCCGCCCGCGGGCCCCGGGCAGCCGCACGACAGCGACGCUCUGCUGCUGGUGCUCAACUUGGUGCGGGGCGGAGCCUCCGGAAGCCCCUCGCAGGAACCCGCCGCCACCACCACGACGCAGCAGCCUCCGCCUCCGCGAGAGGAGAAGCCCGGCGACGGCGGGGGGGAAGGUGCACUCGAGGCCGAGGCUUCCGGGCCCGUACCUGAGGGGAGCGGACAGGCGGCGGCAGAGGACGACGACCCCGGCGCCGCCGGCUCCUCGUUCUCGGGCACGCUCACCAUCAACAACCAAAGCCUGCUGGUGCGCUUCGAGAACGGGCUGCUCAGCCUCGGCGGGCCCGCGCAGCCGCCUCCACCUCCCGCGCCGCUCCUUCCUCCUCCUCAGGCGCUGCGCUCCUCCGGCGCUGCCGACGAGGCCUCGGCAGGAGGCCCGUCUCGGACUCCCGCGCCUUAUUCUUGCCCCGAGCCCCGCUGCGAAGAGGUCUUCUCCCGCAAGCAGCUGCUGCGACUACACCGCCUGUCCGCGCACGGAGGCGGCGGCGGCGGCGCUGCUGUUACGGCGCAGGAUGGCGGCGGAGGAGGAGGAGCGGGAGAAGAAGCGGCGUCGGGGGGCUCCGGGCGGGCGGCGCGGCCCUUCUCCUGCCCGGUCCCCGGCUGCUCUUGGGCCUUCGCCACGGCCUACAAGCUGCGGCGCCACCUGCACUCGCACGACAAGCUGCGGCCUUUCGCCUGCUCGGCUCCCGGCUGCUCGAAGCGCUUCACCACCAUCUACAACCUGCGGGCGCACGGCCGGGCCCACGAGCAGGAGGCGACGCACAAGUGCGAGGCGUGUGGGCAGCGCUUCCCCAGCGCCGCCCGCCUCGGCGCUCACCAGCGGAGGAGCCACCUGGAGCCCGACCGGCCUUACCGCUGCGAGUAUCCAGGUUGUGAGAGGACCUUCAUAACAGUGAGUGCAUUAUUUUCUCAUAAUCGAAUCCACUUCAGGGAACAAGAACUGUUCUCCUGCUCCUUCCCCGGCUGCAACAAGCAGUACGACAAAGCCUGCCGACUGAAAAUCCACAUGAGAAGUCACACAGGUGAAAGACCUUUCAUCUGUGACUUUGAAGGUUGUGGCUGGUCUUUCACUAGCAUGUCCAAGCUAUUAAGGCACAAAAGGAAACAUGAAGAUGACAGAAGGUUUACAUGUUCUGUAGAAGGCUGUGGAAAAUCCUUCACAAGAGCCGAACACUUGAAAGGCCAUAGUAUAACUCAUCUUGGCACAAAGCCAUUCGAAUGCCCAGUAGAAGGUUGUUGUGCAAAGUUCUCUGCACGUAGUAGUCUGUAUAUUCACUCCAAAAAACACCUUCAGGAUGUGGACUCACUGAAGACGCGUUGCCCUGUAUCCAGCUGUAAUAAAUUGUUCACUUCCAAGCAUAGUAUGAAAACACACAUGGUCAAGCAACACAAUUUUAGUGCAGAUCUCUUAAAUCAGAUGGAAACUAUCGGUUCCCUCACGCCUAGCAGCGAACUUGCCAGUUCAGGACAAAGUGACCUCAGCAAUGUAGACCUUGUGUCCCUUUUUUCCAGUGUUUCUGGGAACACCUCUGGAAUUUCAACAGACAUGGCUCUGAUAAACUCUGGAAUUCUCACAAUAGAUGUUGCUUCCGUUGGCUCCACGCUUGGGGGCAAUCUUUCUGUUGGUAGCAGUUCUCUUGGUCAGACAGUUGACCCACUGAUUUUAGUGGCUAGCAGUGACAUUCCACACAGCCUGGACAGCUCUCUUCUGCUGGGAACCACUGCCACAGUUUUACAGCAAAGCACUUUAAAUUUGGAUGAUGUACAGACUGUGAAUGCAGAAGCCUUAGGCUCCCUAGCAUCAUUGUCCACAAGGAGUUCCAGUCAAGACCUGCAUGGUUUGACUUCCAGUAAUAACCUGUCAGUAGACACAGCCACUUUAACCCCUUCAAGCAGCCUUGGUGGAAAUAAUGCAUCUGAAUUACUGGCUCCAAGUAAAGCAGAGCAAACUUUACUUCCUAGCCUGGAUGUUGUGGGACAGCAAGAAGGCAGUAAAGUGGUGACUCAGUUUGUGUUCUCCAACCCUCCAGGAAGUUACAGUGCACAGAAAGAAACUGAUCUGAGCACGGUGACUGGCAGCUCCUUUCUGGAGAGUGGUGGGUCUGCAAGAACAGAUUAUCGAGCCAUUCAGCUUGCCAAGAAAAGAAAACAGAAAGAAAAUGGGAAUGACAUAGGAAGCCCUAACUCUGGCAUAAGAAAAGGCAAAAGUGAUAAAGUUAGUUCUUCUAACCAUGGGAAUCUGUCAUGCAAUAGUGUUUUGCCAAAUGGAAACCUAACAGUAAGAGAUUCCUCAGCUGGCACACAGUUUGUUCAAAUCCAGCUACUUCAGGAUGAUUCCCCAGGAGAGGGAGAUUUGCCAUUUCAGCUCAGUUCUCAGUCAUCGUCUUCACAUUCUCAGCUGACAGUAGACUUGCCUGUUCAUAUCCUUCAGGAGCCACACAACUCUACCGAAGAGGAUGCCAGUUCUGAUAAUUCUCAGUUUACAGGAAGCACCAUUAACCUACAAGACCUUGAAUGAUUGUGCUGCGGACAGAAACAUUCAAGUACAGCAUCUUGAGAAGUAGAAACUUGUUCCUACUUCUGAAGGAAAAAAAUAGGAGUGGGCACACAUCAGUGCUACUUCGUGGCUUGAUGGUUAUCGUGCAAUGGAAACCUGUUCAGUAAAUUUUAUUUGAUAAGGCUUUGGAGAUCUUGGUAUGUUCUGUCUUGUGAUCAGAAAAAUGUGAUUAUGGAAGCAUUAUUUAGAUUAUGCAGUGGAUGUUUUGAAACCCUAUCUUAGAAUGGACAUGCUGUGAUUGUACUCCAUACUGUUGUCUUCAAGGACAGUGCUGCAAUAUCAACAGUUACACUUAGCAGUGUAAAACCCAUACACAUAAUUAGUGCCCCUAGUUGAAUAUUGGACUUGGCAGUUAAGGCCAUUGAAGUGUUUAUUAUCGGACUGUUUUCUCUGAUGGCAUUGAAUAUAAUUUUAAGGAAAUAAUUGCAGAAUGAUAAUACAGUUCUUGGGGGUAGCAGAAGUUGAACCUUGUUGUUCCUUGCUCCUUCCAUCCCUGAUAUGGUGCAGUAUACACUUUCUACCUUUUAGGAGGCUGCCUAGCAGAUGCUAAUUCUUACCCUUGAAUAUGUUUACAGUAAUACAAAACAGUAUUGCCAAUUCCUGUGAAGUUGCCACUUUCAGUAUGUAUAGCCCAGUCCCAUGCAUGUUUUCUUGGAAAUAAAUUUAUUCCCAAGUUAAUGUGCAUAGGAUUGCAUUCUUGGUCCAUGUGCCAUUUACACAGACUAUAUACUUGAGCAAAGAGCUUCCAGCUAGUGUCAUAGGAUUUGAGAUGCAGGUGAGUUACUUGACCCAGAAGGAAAGUGCAUAUUUAAUUUAAAUAGGAACCUGCCUUUUUUACUUUAGUUGAUAGGAAAGCAGUUCUGUAGACUUUUAAAAAGCAAAUGUCAAGAUUUCAGUUGAACAUAGAAUAUAAGAACUUGGUGUUCCAACAACAAACAUCAAGGCUGGAAUUUUAAACAUACUUUUUUCAUGAUGUGCCACAAGGAUGUAAAAUUAUAUAUAUGUAUCUAUAUAUAGGACUUUGUUAAAAAGCAGCGUGUGUAUGUAUGAAUUUUUAUUCCUGCAGUGUGAGCGUGCAUAUGCAGUUCUAUUUUUUACAAAGUAUGAUAUCCUGCAGAUGAACACAUGUGAUCUGACCUUGUGUAUAUUUAUUUGAAGUCAUGGAAUGCACUAAUAAGAGGGUAGCUAGCUGAAAAGCAUGAGUGGUGGUGGUAAGAAACAGAGUUCCCCAGACUGGACCCUUCUCGGCCCAUAUGCCUCUGAAGCUCAUGCACAAUUUGGAAUGGACUAAUUCUGCAGCCACCCAGACUUACCUGGCAACAAUGGCAAUGAGGUGAGCUGGUCCAAGUGUCUCUGAUGGUAGCAUUCUGUAUACCAGGAUUUCUGUCAUCCUUUCAGAAGAUUUUCCUGGUACAUCCCUAAUGCCUGGGGAUGUGUUGCUUGGACCUAUCCUUACUCCAUAGCAUGUAAUCGAGAGCACAACUUGACUAGAAUGGCCCUGGAAAUGAUUUUCUGCUAUUAUUGGACCAUGCAUCACUUCAAUAAGCUCAUUCCAAAUUAAGAUUGAGAGGGGGCUUGCCCAUAAGUAAUUAGAAAUGUACUGAUUCCUGUGCCUUUUUACUUACUUUCCCUGAAAUUGUAAAGGCAUUUUUAUACUGAUUAUACAUCACUUCAGAUUUAAUUUAUGGGUAUUUUAAAAAAAUUCUUAACUGCUUUAUUUCUUAAUUGUCAGUGGUGUAACUUACCUGAUUACCGCCUUGCCCUGGUAUACUAAGUUCACUAAAUGAAGAACUAUAGUUAAUUUUUGUUUCCUUUAGAUCAGAAUGGGGAACCAUGUGGCCAAAUACUGCCCUGCCUGCCUGUCUCUUUCUCUGGCCCUUGGGACUGGCUCUAGGCCACAUUCCUCGCCACCCCUCCUUGAGUCUUUGCAUGGCUGGAAUGUAUCCUUGAAUUCUGACAAUGCCUCUUGCUUCCCCAGGUGGAUGACUGAGAGGAGCAGGCUGUAUUCAGCUAAGUUUUACUCCCAAGAAGCAGCACUGACACUAAUAACCUUAAGUCACGUCAUGUCUAUUAAUUUCAGUGAAUCUGCUAUGAGUACUCGUAGUGUGUGGAAACUGGCUUACUGUAGAAAGGUGAAAUGAAUAUUCAUUCCCCCACCCACUUUUGCCUCUGAUUCCACUCAUGGCUGGCAGGUGGCACUUAGCAGCUUGCCCAGAAGAGACUAUGGUUUUCCACCACUGCCUUAGAUGAACCGAGUGAAGAAACUGCUAACUCAUUCAACCUUUUUUUUAUAUCACUAAAGUUCAGUUUAAGAGAAACUAAAACUCUGAGUAGUCUGCAGAUGUAUGACUUUGCUUAAAAGAGUAUUGGAGGCUUGCACCCCCCCCAAAAAAGUCACCUCAAAUUCUUUAUUCUGUGGGGUUGGUUCAUACACUUCAUUUUGGCAGUGAUCCUCAGAGGUAACUUGGGCUGCUCUGUGGUGAGGCCUUUUCAUCUCCUGUUCUUUCUACUCCCUCACCCCUUUCUUGAACAAGAAGAAUUCCUCUACAGCUUUUUACAUAGAGUGCCUGGUAAACAGUUACCUUUGAUGCAGGGAGGGUGGGGACAGCACACCCAUUCAUUUACUGCUGAAAGGAUCACAGCCUAGGUAAGAGUAUGAACUGGGCCCAUCAAAACGUGGUGCUUCUGUUUUGCAGAGUUAUGAAUAAGUCACAUGUGGGUUGUUUUUCCCCUGAGACUUGUAAACAUGUCUACUUUUUAAAAAUCAUUUACUUGGCUUUGUAAAUUCCUACAGUGGAAUUUGUAGUAAACAUUGAAGGGUAAGGGCUUAAAGGUCAACAUCAGAUUUAUUCUGCCUAAGUCCAUUGCUGGCAGUGGACAUCUAAAGAACUGGUGAGACAAAGAGACUAAUAAAAAAAACCUAAUGUCCAGUUU